UGAGCAUAAAAAGCCAGUCAUCUUCCGAUUAAUGUCAGUGCUGUGCCGAAGUCGGCGAUCACAAGUCAUUCUUUAGAUCGUUUGGUUGGCAAUAUUUGGGAGCUAAGAUUUUUGGACAAUAACUGAGCAUCACCAAACGCCGCAAUGCAGGCAACCGCUUUGAUACCGCUUUUGGUGGCAGCCGCCCUUGCUGCCCCCCAAUACGGCCAACCCCCUCAGGUAGGCCAAACUGUUAAGAUUACGAAACAGCAAUGGAAUUCCUUGAAUCCAUACGGGGCGUCAAGUGCUUAUCCUGCAAACGAACGUCCGCAGAUUGACGCCAUUCAGAAGCAAUGGGAACGCUUUUACGAAUACCUCCCAUGGCUGAAAGGACCUCCUGGAACACCAGGAGAACAGGGUGCUCCUGGAAAUGAUGGAAAGGACGGCAGAGAUGGUGUUGACGGCAAAGAUGGCGUUGACGGCAAAGACGGAAGAGAUGGCAUUGAUGGAAAAGACGCCAUCUACACUGACGAUUAUGGAACAAAAAUCGUUGUUGGUCCUCCCGGAGCUCCUGGAGAGCCAGGACCUGCCGGACCUCCCGGAGAAAAGGGAGACACUGGAGAACCUGGUGCUCCUGGCGAAGACGGUAAAUCUGGUCAGGACGGAAGUCCUGGAUAUGAUGGCGCUCCUGGCCCCAAAGGUCCUGCUGGCUCACCUGGCUACAAUGGAUUACCUGGUUCCGACGGCAAACAAGGUGAACGAGGAGAAAAGGGAGACACUGGCGCAACUGGAGCUCCUGGCCUCAACGGCGCCCCUGGAGCUCCUGGCAAACCUGGUUACCCCGGAGGACCUGGGCCUGUAGGACCUAAGGGUGAAACUGGACCACCUGGUCUUGCCAUCGCUUCCAAUAUCGCUGGACCUCCUGGUGCACCUGGCUUCCCCGGCAAAGACGGUAAACCUGGCUACAACGGCGCCCCUGGUGCUACUGGUCCUCCAGGACCUGUCGGACCUCAAGGCCUUCCUGGAAAACCUGGAGGUACUGGCUUCCCAGGAUACCCUGGUGCUAAAGGUGAACCCGGUAAACCUGGUUAUGCUGGACCUCCUGGUAAGGAUGGAUAUCCUGGUGCACCCAGCAAGAUUCCUGGUCCUCCUGGACCCAUCGGACCUGCUGGCCCCCCUGGCUACAAUGGCGCUCCUGGCAAAGAUGGUCUUCCCGGCGGUCCUGGUUAUCCUGGCAAAGAUGGAAAGCCCGGACCCCCAGGAUACACAGGCGCACCAGGCCUGCAGGGCAAACCCGGAAAGGAUGGUCUACCCGGCCCCGUCGGAGCUCCCGGCUACCCUGGUGGCCCAGGACCAGUUGGACCCCAAGGUAAAACCGGCCCUCCAGGCUACCCUGGCGGCCCUGGACCAAUUGGACCCAUAGGCCCUCUCGGCCCUGUUGGACCCCAAGGCAAACCAGGAGCACCAGGUUAUCCAGGCGGCCCUGGUCCCGUCGGACCUAUUGGACCCGUUGGCCCUGUAGGAUACCCAGGUAAAGAUGGCUAUCCUGGAAAGCCAGGACCCGUUGGUGCCCCUGGACCUGUUGGCGCUCCCGGACCGGUGACCACAUACACUCAAGUCCAAGAAUACGCUCCAGCUUCCUCUUACAGUCCACCAGCUUACGAAGCCGCAACGGUUUACACGCAGACAUCACCACAAGUUUACCAACAACCCCAAAUUUAUCAGGAAGUGUCCCAACCCGUUUACGGUUAAUGCCGAUGCAUCAAAGCCUCAUUUCCUAGUUAUUUCUGGGCCACCACACGGUUUGCAAAGUGAACAUAACUAGGCAUUACUCACCAACCCUAUCUUCUUUUUCCUGUAAUGCCUAAACGUAACUCUUUUUUCUGUUUGUUGUUGUUAUGCCCAUGUGCGAUGUUAUAUGACUCAAUGUGACAUGCCUUGCACGAGGCUGUGAAUACAAUACUCCCGAACUUA